AUGCCGCUCAUCCCACGCGCCAACUUUUCAGGCGAGAGAGAGAAGACCGAUAACGACCUUAUUGACUCCAUUCUAGCCAAACGCGAUGCCGAUCUCUACGAAGAGGAGCAGACUGGAUCAUCUGUCUUUAUCAUCAAGUGGGGGAAAACUCCACGCUCGUCCAUCAGCUUUCAUUUCGCUCUAUUACUUGUCGAUGAUAGCGCCGAUUCUUACCCAACAGCUGGCACGGUUGGCAUGACCUUCAGUUGGGGCUCCUUUGAAGAUAACCAGCUUGUCAAGACCGGAGGUACUACUAAGCUGAAAGCCUACAACUUCCAACGUGAGAUGGAAUUUGGCAACACAUACGAGUGGAUUGGACGAACAAGGGCGCCGGCUGAGUACAUCGAGUCAGUGAUGAAUGAUUUCGGCGACUACUACAACUUGGUUACUAAUAACUGUCGCGUGGUUACAGUCAAGGUCGCCAAGUUCAUCACAAACAACCAGUAUAGAGAAGAAAAACGGAGCCGGAAUAUUCUCAACAUUCUCAAAGGACUGCAACAGAUAUCGUCACUUGGUCGGGCAGCCGGUGCGGGGAUUUGA